GAGGAGAGAGGGAGGGAAGAGGUAGAGUAUAGGGAGGGAGAGAGGAGAGAGAGUAGGGCAGAGUGGGCGGGGAUACAGGGGGAAGUGAAGAGAUGGGAAAGAGGCUGAAAGAGGAAGAGAGCGGGGGAGGUAGAGCGAAAUAGAGAGAGGGGGAGGUAGAGCGAAAUAGAGAGAGAGGGAGGUAGAGAGAAAUAGAGAGAGAGGUAGAGAGAAAUAGAGAGAGAGGGAGGUAGAGAGAAAUAGAGAGAGAGAGGUAGAGAGAAAUAGAGAGAGAGGGAGGUAGAGAGAAAUAGAGAGAGAGACGAAGAGAGAGAGAGAGACAUCAUCUCACUGAUGCUGAGUCACAGACGGGGUGCGGCCGCUGUAUCCCAUGAGCCUUUAGGGGAAACAUGGAGGAGCUCGAGCACACCUGCCCCCAGCUGGUCACGGUGCUGACAGAGCCUGCUAUCUUUGCCAAGGACACCAGCUGUGAGUGCCGCGCCCCUCAUGAGAAACUCUCCAUCGCUCAGGCCCGCAGAGGCACCCCAAUGGACCGUCCAGUGCGUGUAUAUGCAGAUGGAAUAUUUGAUCUCUUCCACUCCGGCCAUGCCAGAGCCCUGAUGCAGGCCAAGAACCUCUUCCCCAAUGCAUACCUCAUAGUGGGAGUGUGCAGUGAUGAGCUGACCCACAAGUACAAGGGUUUCACGGUGAUGACGGAGGAUGAGAGGUACGAGGCACUGAGACACUGUCGCUAUGUCGACGAGGUGGUCCGUGACGCACCAUGGACGCUCACACAGGACUUCCUGGAGAAACACCAGAUCGAUUUUGUGGCUCAUGACGAUAUCCCAUACUCCUCAGCAGGAACUGAGGAUGUCUACAAACACAUCAAGGAGGCAGGCAUGUUCGUGCCGACCCAGCGGACAGAGGGUAUCUCGACCUCUGACCUGAUCACUCGUAUCGUACGAGACUACGACCUCUACGCUAGACGCAACCUACAGCGAGGCUACACCGCUAAAGAGCUCAACGUCAGCUUCAUCAACGAGAAGAAGUACCGCCUUCAGAACCAGGUGGACCGUAUGAAGGAGAAAGUGAAGACGGUGGAGGAAAAGAGUAAACACUUUGUCUACCGCGUGGAGGAGAAGAGCCAUGACCUCAUACAGAAGUGGGAAGAGAAAUCACGGGAGUUCAUUGGGAACUUCCUGGAACUGUUCGGCCCAGAUGGAACAUGGAAACAGGUGUUUAGUGAGCGUAGUGGUCGGAUGAUCUCCUACGCCAUGUCACCACGCGGGUCACCUAGCAACAGUCCACCCAGGCAACUGUCUCCAUCCCGUUCCCUAUCUCCUCCCUCUCGCUGGUCUCAGCCCAGGCCAGCCUCCCCCUCCUCACCCAAAGAGGCCUCAGCCUCCUUCAGUAGCAUGAGUGAAGAAGAUGAGAACGAGAAGUAGUGCCCCGGACUGUGGAACACAUGCCAUGUUCAAAAUAACUGGGAAGUCAGAAAUCUUUGACUUCCAACUUUAGUCAAUUCAAGACAAUUUAGAACGUGGGGAAAAAACCAGCUCCAACUGGUAAAAUCCUUUUGAACAGUCAACUAACUCGGAAUUCCAAAUCGGAAACUCUGACAUCUUUCUAGAACUCCAACCUGUAGAUCACUGAUGUCAUGAUUUGACCCCCCCCCACACACACACACACACACACACACACACACACACACACUCUGUCAUCUUCUUCCACACACUGACAGCAAUGACGGGAUGCUGAAACUGUAUCUUCCAGGAAGUAGAUAUGCAAGACAGAGGUGGGUCAUGGGAAAUGUAGUCUAGUGCUAUAGCACAAAGAAGCCAUCACAGUCUCUGUUGCCUGGGCAAUGAAGCAGAUGGGAGUGUAGAGAAGAUGAUGCGACUGAUCUGUUUUCGAUUGCUCAGGUCUGACAGAGGCAGUAAAUAAAAUAGUGCCUGUUGAUCAUAUCACUCCAUCCUUUUAUGUCCUCCCUUUCUUUUCUCUAUCCUUUCUUUGUUUUCUCUCAUUGUGAGAACAACUAGGGUGAACAUGAUAGGAGAUAUUGUACAGUGCUCGACUGCAGUGUGACUUUUUGCAGUGUGAUAUCCAGUGAGCAGGCCUACACUGUUACAGAGCUCUCCAGAUAGAGACUGACUUCAUAGACAGACAGACACAGUUCUCUAUGCUUAUAGAAUAAGAUAAUAGACUGUGUCUGCCCUAUACAUUCUGUUUCUACCUGCAUCAUUCUGUAACAUGGUGCCUGCUGACUGACUGUGCCCUAGUGGAGACUUAACAGAGAGAAACACUGUCCACUAGAGGAGUUGUAGUGUAACUGCAUCCUUCCUGGGAGACGAGGAGAGAUGGCUACUUAAGACUAUUGAAAUGCACCCCACUGAAUCACAAAUUCUUCUGUACCAGAUUAUUUGCCAUAGGGACUGCAUAAAUGAUGGAGUUAAGAGUGUUGGGCCUGCAGUUAAGAGUGUUGGGCCUGUAACUGAAAUGUUGCUGGUUCGAAUCCUCGAGCUGACUAGGUGAAUACUCGAGCUGACUAGGUGAAUCCUCGAGCUGACUAGGUGAAUCCUCGAGCUGACGAGGUGAAUCCUCGAGCUGACUAGGUGAAUCCUCGAGCUGACGAGGUGAAUCCUCGAGCUGACUAGGUGAAUCCUCGAGCUGACGAGGUGAAUCCUCGAGCUGACUAGGUGAAUCCUCGAGCUGACUAGGUGAAUCCUCGAGCUGACUAGGUGAAUCCUCGAGCUGACUAGGUGAAUCCUCGAGCUGACUAGGUGAAUCCCCGAGCCAACGAGGUGAAAAAUCUGUAGACGUGCCCUUGAGCAAGGCACUUAAACCUAAUCGCUCUGCUACAGAAACUGAUCUAGCUAUUCAGCAGCAUUUAGAAUGUACCAUUGUGACUGAGCUUAUUCAGGGAACUUCCUUAGAUACCAGAGAACAAAGGUUAUAGUCCAGGGAUGGCCAGUGUUAUCCACAAAAGGCAGGCGUGGCCAUAGAAUCAGGUGGCUGGAACAAAAACUAGUAGCGGCCAUUUGUGGAUUGGCUUGUUCACCUCUGCUGUGGUCGAAUCAUCAUGGUCUCUGGCCUAGCUAGUCACAACACCACACAGAACUGUGAACUCUUCAACUCAAUGUCUCUCGCUAUGACACAACUGUUCCACAGCAGAAAGCCACAUGAGAACACAUGAAACCACUUGCUACCACAGAACUCCUGAUCCACCUUGGAGAUGUUCGUGUCCUGUAUGUAACGUAUGUAACCCUGCACUGUAUGUACAAACUUUGGAAUGUCUGUUUCUUUGUAUUGUCUUAUUUUCUAAUGGCUUCAGAUGUAAAUAAAUAGAAAAGAAAAAUCA